AUGGGUGGUCAACUCUCCAAGAUGAUGGGCAAGAUCUUCGGAUCAAAGGAGAUGCGCCUGCUGAUGCUGGGUCUCGACGCCGCCGGCAAGACCACCAUCCUGUACAAACUCAAGCUCGGCCAAGACGUCACCACUAUCCCCACCGUCGGCUUCAACGUCGAGACCGUCACCUACAAGAACGUCAAGUUUAACGUCUGGGACGUCGGUGGCCAAGACAAGAUCCGUCCCCUCUGGAGACAUUACUUUAGCGGAACCCAAGGUCUGAUCUUCGUCAUUGACUCGUCUGAUCGCGCAAGAAUCGACGAGGCCAAGUCGGAACUGCACAGGAUCAUCAACGACCGCGAGAUGAAGGACAGCUUGCUACUGGUGUUUGCGAACAAACAGGAUAUCAACGGCGCCAUGAAGCCGCAAGAAGUCACCGAGGCCCUCUCGCUCUCCAAGUUGAAAGACAAGGUCUGGUACGUCGUGCCCAGUUGCGCGACUACGGGUGAGGGCCUGCUCGAAGGCCUGGCCUGGCUGUCCAAUAACGUCAAGGCACCCCCCGCUCCGGCCAAGAAGUAAACGACAAGACGACGGAUAUGCCUCAUCAUCACAAUCCCCAUCCUCUACGACUCACCGACUCGCCGACCGGAACUACCCACCUACCCACCCGUCCGCUCAGCCCCAUCUCACCCUCCCCAAUCUGUGCGUCACUCCAGAUUACAUAGCGAGGCAUCGA